CCCCCUCUGGACACCGUCCAGUGUCCCCACCAAGGAGGUAAAAGUACACACUGUACUGAAGUAGAAGUACAGCUAACUGUUAAAAAAGUACUGAUUCAACCUCUUUACUCAAGUAAAAUUACAGACUCUGACAUGUACUCAAAGUAAAAGUGGCUCCUUGAAGAACAUUUCUGACUCAGCCUGAAUCUGAAGAAAAAGAAAUAUUUCUUGUUGCCUCCAUCGUAGAGGGGAAGAGGUCGGGGGGGCUGAAAUCAGCUGUAAUGGCUCAGUGUGGGGAAAAGAAUCACCAUCAUUCAUCUGAGAUGAACUGAAGCCUGUUGGCUCAGAAGUAGUGUUGAGAGCUCGUCCUCUUUGGUCCUCUGUAGUGUUUGUAAGCUGAUAGGCGGGGUUUAUCUUUCCAAAGGAAUUUAGACGAAUCCAGAGGUCUGAACCAGUCUGGUGAUGGUUUACUCAGGAUCACUGAAAAUAACGAAUUGAUUUUUGGUAAGACAAUCAUUUUUAUUGUACCGACCCUUCCCAUGAGUGAUGUGGGUAGAGUUUUCCAUUAAGCCACAUCAUCUUUUAUUUUAUUUAAAAGUGGGAUGUGGUUUAAUUUAAAUCUACAAGCUUAGAGACAUUAAAACCUAAAUAUGUCGUUGUAGUGGGGUAGAAGAAGGGUUAUGGAAGGAGCAGUUAAUCAAAGAACUGUAGAUUUUAACCACAUGACGCCAAACAUACACAGCAAAACACUGUAUAACACAAAUGAUGCCUUGUGUCAGGGGAAGCAUUGAUAAUAUAACACAUGCACGACAUAAGAUCAUUACUGCAGCACACACAAUAUUCACAUUCAUGUUAGAGUUUUCACAGUGGGCAAAAGUCAGAACAAAUAAAUGUUUUAGAAGUUUUUCUGUCUUGUUUCUUGUACAAAACUGUUUUUUUGAUUUGUUUUCUUCUUGCUUUGAUAAAAAUCUUCUUCCUGUCGCAGAGUCCUCACGUCUGUCCGUGCUGAAACACACCAUUACACAAAGUGAUGGACGCCUCUGUAACAACAAUAUUUCUAAUAAAUACAAGAAUAAAGCAAUUAAGCUUUUCUUCAUCUUUUUUUUCUUUUAUGAGUCACAUGUUUCACAUUUUCCCUUUUUUCGUUGUUUUUUCAUAUUUUUCUUCAUUCACACAGUUUUUUUCCCAUGAUUUUGAUCUCAUUUUACCUCCGUACGGAGACGUACGAAUGGGAAAAGCUGCACGUUUGGUGAGUCUGUGUAUCGUGAGUAGAAUAAAACAAUGAUUAGAACAGAAUGUGGUUUACUUAGAUAAUAGGGUGUGACUGUAGUUUAGAGAACAGGAAAUGAUUCAUAAGUAUGUUUUUUAGGAUGACUUUGUCAGCCCCUGUUUAGAAGACUAUAGUGGACUUUUGUUCUCAACUAGCUGGUUUAGCUAUAAGUCCUGGUGUGUAACUGUGUGGAGUAAGGGAUUUAUUGACAUUGGGGGUCUGCCUGUCAUAAAAUGCCUCAGCUAAUUAAACAGGAAGUCACAGUUACAAGCCUGGGGAGGACAGCCCCCCCCCAGACUGAACAAUAGAAUUAGUGGAAAACUACUGAAGAGGGGUGACACAGGGCAGCCCCCCCACUUACUCUAUAAAGGUGUGUGUAUGGGGAAAGAUCCUCACUUGAUGCUUGCUGUGACUGCAUGUAGUGGGAUCUCCCAGUGUGCACUGGUAAUAAAGCUUUGAUAAAAAAUACUUCAGCCUCAUCUGACCCUUCUCCAGCUGGGAUAUCAAAAGGAUCGGUGAGGUCAAGAAGGGAACCUCAGCAGUAUCAGGAAUAACAACCACAAACUUGGAAAAAUGAUAAAAGUCUAGUUAAACCACUUAACGAACCUGGACUCACCUGUGGGGUUAAACGUGUUUCUGCUCUGCUCCAUGUUGUUUUUGUGAGGGCUGUGGGAUGUCAGCUCCAGCUGACACAGAGGAGGAGGAGGAAGAGGAGGGAGCUCAGAGGAGACAGAGAGCAACCGAGGACGGAGGGAGACUCGCCGCAGCAGGUAAAUCUGCAGCAGCAAGGCUGGUGGCCAUGAGUCUGGACGAAGAUGCCCGCUGGCUGGAGUGGGUGACCAAACAGUUCGAGACCAUCGCCGGAGAGGACAAAGAGAUCGACCUGGAGGAGUUUAAAACAGCUCUCAAGGUCAAAGAGUCUUUCUUCGCCGAGCGUUUCUUUGCACUGUUUGACUCGGACGGCAGCGGCUCCAUCAGCCUGGACGAACUGCUCAAAGCUCUGGACCUCCUGAUCCACGGCAACGAGACCGACAAGCUCCGCUUCCUAUUCCAGGUCUACGACGUGGACGGUAGCGGUUCAAUAGAUCCAGACGAGCUGAAAACGGUUCUGAAGUCAUGUUUACGUGAGAGCGCCAUCUCUCUGCCAGAGGAGAAGCUGGAUGACCUCACACUGGCUCUGUUUGAGUCCGCCGAUAAGGACAACAGCGGCUCCAUCACCUUCGAGGAGCUCAAAGCUGAACUGGAGACGUUCCCCGAGGUGAUGGAGAAUCUCACCAUCAGUGCUGCUAACUGGCUGAAGCCUCCUGAUCUGGACCAGAAGAAGCGUCAGACCCCUCGCUACCUGACCCGGGCCUACUGGCAGAACAACAGCCGGAAGCUGCUGUUCCUGGCUGUGUACUCCCUCCUUAAUCUGCUGCUGUUCAUCGUUGCCAUGUUGCGGCACAGCUACGGUGGGCCUUGGUUCAUGGUGGCCAAAGGCUGCGGCCAGUGCCUCAACUUUAACUGCACCUUCGUCAUGGUGCUGAUGCUGCGGCGCUGUUUGACCUGGCUCAGGGCCACGUGGGUGGUGAGGGUGUUUCCUCUGGACCAGAACAUCCUGCUGCACCAGAUUGUGGGCUACGCCAUCCUCGGAUUCACGCUGGUGCACACUGCCGCACACGCCUUUAACUUCGUCCAGAUGACGGAGAGCGGUGAGUACAGCCUGUGGGAGUACCUGCUGACCACCCGGCCUGGGAUUGGCUGGGUGAAGGGGACGGCCUCGCUGACCGGAGUCGUCCUGCAGGUGCUGAUCUGCCUCAUGGUGCUCUGCUCCAGCACGUUCGUGCGCCGCAGCGGACACUUCGAGGUGUUUUACUGGUCUCACCUGUCCUACGUGUGGGUUUGGAUCCUGCUGAUCAUUCACUGUGCAAACUUCUGGAAGUGGUUCGUGGUUCCAGGUCUGGUGUUCAUGCUGGAGAAGAUCGUGGGGAUCGCCGUGUCCCGUAUGGGAGGCCUCUACAUCGUGGAGGUCAACCUGCUGCCUUCCAAGGUGACUCAUCUGGUGAUCAAGCGUCCCCAGUUCUUCCAGUUCAAACCUGGAGAUUACGUCUUCAUCAACAUCCCAGUGAUCGCCAAAUAUGAGUGGCACCCGUUCACCAUCAGCAGCGCUCCCGAGCAGUCAGAUACUCUGUGGCUGCACAUCCGCUCGCUGGGCCAGUGGACCAACCGGCUGUAUGAGUACUUCAGAGAGUUGGAGAGCGAGGCUCUGGGUCCCGGCAGACUCGCCACCAGCCUGCGGAAGCGCCGGCAGCUGCCAAGAGCUCAGGACGACCUGUUCAGCUCUGCCGACGGUAACGGAGCCGUGGCGUCUAACGAGGACCGCGCCAUCGAGCUGACGAUGUACCGACAGAACGGCUCGCCUUCGGGCGAGGCCUCCGAGUCCGGAGCUCAGGGGCUCGUGCAACCUUUUCCAGACGGUCUGGGAUCAGCAGAGCGAGGCGAGAUUUCUGCCAAGCUGACUGAGAACCACAGAUUCUGCAACAUCAAGUGUUAUGUAGACGGGCCGUACGGGACUCCGACACGGCAGAUCUUUGCCUCCGAACACGCCGUUCUGAUCGGGGCAGGAAUCGGCAUCACACCCUUCGCCUCCAUCCUGCAAAGCAUCAUGUACCGGUACCGCAUGAGGAAGCAGAACUGUCCCAGCUGUAAAUACUCGUGGUGCGAGAACAUCAAAGACAGCGAGAUGAAGCUGCGCAAAGUUGACUUCAUCUGGAUCAACAGAGACCAGAAGUCCUUCGAGUGGUUUGUUAGUUUGCUCACCAAACUGGAGAUGGACCAGGCCGACGAGGAGCCGGAAGGACGCUUCCUGGAGAUGCACAUGUACAUGACGUCAGCGCUCAGCAAAAACGACAUGAAGGCCAUCGGCCUACAGAUGGCGCUCGACCUUCUGGCCAAGAAGGAGAAGAGAGACUCGAUCACUGGACUGAGGACCAGAACCCAACCGGGCCGACCCGAGUGGGGGAAGGUGUUUCAGAAGGUGUCUGAGGAGAACAAAGGGAAGGUACAUGUGUUUUACUGCGGCGCUCCCGCUCUGGCCAAAGUCAUCAAAGCUCAGUGUGAACACUUCGGCUUCAACUUCUACAAGGAGAACUUCUGAGGAGAUCACGGGCUGUCAGGACACACCUGCAGCUGUGUGUGUGUGUGUGUGUGUGUGUGUGUGUGUGUGUGUGUAUUGCUGAUGUUGUGGAGACAUUAAUCAUUUUAUGUGGUCACAUUUUGUUGGACCCGCCUCCUUUUCGGGGGUGUGAUGUACGGAGUAUGGAGCUUGGUUGAAAGUGACCUAUUGUUAGAGCAGCUUUGCAUGAUUUACAGCUCAAAAUAAUCCUUCUUUAUCUGAAUCUGGCCCUGGGAACUUCCUUUCAAAGUGGAAUAAAGAAAAUUUGUGUUGUAUUUGUAUUUGUUGUAACUUCUGGUGCCCUCUUGGAAAAAAAGAGACCUGAUCUCUCAGUGAGACUUUUCCCUGCACAGGUUAGAGAAAUAUCCCAGUAAUGUUUAUGGACCUUAUGGGUUUGUAUGGAAGCUUGUUUCUACUACUGGAAUUUGAAAAAAAAAAAUGCUAUCCACGAGUAAACAAAGUUAACAAAAAAAAAAGGUUGUUUUUUUUCAACUUUUCUCUGAAUGAUUUUUAUGAAAAGUUUGAGUUAUUAAGUUGAAAUGUUAGGAUACUAAACCUAAAUUUGGACUUUUUUCACUUGGCAAAAAUACUUGUGUAUGGCACAUCUUUAUUUAAUAAUAAAAUCUAAUCUUCUUUGUUAUUUUACUUAUUUUCGAUUUUAAUAAUUACAGUGUCUGAUCCAUCUGUGGCAGGUUAUCGUGUUAAUGAUGUUUAUGUGUAUGAACUGUCCAAAUAAAAACAAAUAAAUAAACAUUUCUGAUCUCUUUAAUAAAAGCAACUGUUUCCAGGCUUUCUAAUCGAUGGCAGAGCUGCUUCCUGCUGCCCAACAAUAAAUGAUGGGACUCCAGUGCUUGAAUUACCCGCACAAUAAUGCGUGAAACCGCCUUUCUUAACAUAAUAACAGUUUCUUUGAUGGUUUCGUUUCCGGGCAGCACCAUUAAACCCCUCGCGCAG